CAGUGUACACUGUGCCCCACUCACUCUCGCCAUGAUCAGGAUCAUCGUGUCGGUCAUCACUCUCUCUGUGUCUGUAGCAGCAACCUGUCCCCCAUGCGACCCUUCAACCUGCCCCAAGGAGCCAGAGCGAGAUUGUUUGCUUGGUCCAGUUCCUGAUCCAUGUGAAUGCUGCAGUCAUGGAGUCUGUGGACUGGAUGAAGGACAUCCCUGUUAUAACGCUUCCGUAUACAAAGAUCAGCCAGACAAGAGAAGACUUGGUGCUUGCGCCCCAAAUAUGUUGUGCAUUCCUAGGGAUGAUUUGGGACCAGGUGAAACAGAAACUGUGUGCAAAUGUGCUGAAGCUAGGGCUGCUUGUGGAUCAGACAACAAGACUUAUGACUCUACCUGCAAGAUGAUCAGAUCAGAGAAAAACACCAGAGUCACACUUCAGCACUGGGGGCCAUGUCACCAUACUCCUCAGGUGACGUCGGGCCCUGAAAACAAAUCAAUGUUUACUGGUCAACCAGCUGUCCUGGACUGUGAGGCUAAAGGCUUCCCUGUACCCUCCAUCACUUGGGAGUUUGUGAGUGGAGACAGCAGUGUCGUCGUGUUGCCAGGAGACAAUCCCUUGGUGUCAGUUCAGAGUAGAGGAGGGCCAGAGUCACUAAUGGUGUCAUCCUGGGUACAGAUUCAACAAGCUCGCAAGUCUGACUCUGGGACCUACUCUUGUGUGGCUUCCAACAGUGAGGGAACAUCUAGAGCUGUGGCCCAGCUCUCUGUGCAAUGAACACUGACCGUGGUUUACAGUUU